CCGGGCGAUCCAAACUCGCAGCAUCUCGCACUACUGCGCAUUGCAAUACGACACAAGUGUUUCCCACUCCGAGGAAACUACGGUAAUAAAAUUAUACAGGAGACGCUUUAGGAUUUUUUGGGAUCGAAGCGCUCUAAUUUUUGUUGUUGUUUCGUUGGCGUGCUUCGUAUUGUGAUUGACUGUGUGUGAUCCAGCAUCAGCACUAUAAACAGCAUCAUGACGGAGGCGCAGCAAGGCGUUUUGGAACCCACACCGAUACAAACUGCAAUUACCGCACCGUCGACCGAAAUCUUGCAGCUAUGGGUGGAAGUAGGCAAUGGUUUGGAAAAGUCACAGACUGUGAUCUGGAAGAGGGCAGUAGAAAGUCUAGACGCUGCCAACACAUUCUUCGCAAUCUCCGCGGAUGCUCGCACUUUCGUGGAACGUUACAUAUCGCAGAUGAUCAAUAUUCUCGUCGACCAAGUACCUUCAAAAAUCGGUCAGCUGGAACGAAACUGUGUGACGGAUAGCCUUUUGCUUGCGACAAAGAUAGUGGCCCAGGAUUUGCAAAUCCAAGCGGAACGUGGGGGAGAAUGCGUCUUCCUGUCGACUCUCUCGCUCUGUUUUAAUAGGACAAAGGCCUUUUACAGAGGAGCCAAGGCAUCUUGGAAUAUGAAUCAAUUGCAGGGCUUACCUGAUGUCCGAAUGCGAGUUGUAGAACGUUUUCGCAUGAGUGCUGGGUUCGCGGCCCUCGAGCGUUACUUGCUGUCGCAUAUUGGAUUGCCUACUUUUCCGAAAUUGGAUAUUUUGCACCAUGUGUUGCAAGCUAUUGGCGACGCGGCGCUGGAACGGACAGCCGAAGCAACUGCGGUGGAAGAAGAUGCCAUUCUUGUCGGAAAUGCCGUCAUGCAGUAUGUUGGAACACUCAGCGAUGACGAUCUCAAGAAGAUGCCAAGCGACCAGCUCACUUUGAUCCAGCGGGAUUUACAACACAUAUUUGAUAUUCUCAUUUCGACACGAAGGAGCAGUACCUAUGAAUUUUAUCAGUUCUGGAGAUCGCUCGUUUUAAAACUGAUUUCGUCGCAAAGUCUUCCACUGAGACUGUUUGGCUGGGAACAAGUCGGCGAUCUCAUUGAUGCCUGUGCAGAUCAUCGACCACCGCCCCGAAUGUUUGUUGUCAGCGGAGCUGGCUGUCCUUUUGUGAAUGGAGAGUAUCAUUUCUCGGCGGGGACUACACCAGAUGGUUACGCCAAGCCUGGCGGUGAGAUCUUCUUCACGCAUGUGGUUCCGGACAAGCCCGAGUUUGCUGAUCAAGUGGGCAAGAAACUCACUCUGUUUCGUUGUACGAUGCGGUCGCAGCAAAAAUGGUGGUUUCUGUCAGACGCAGACGAAGAACAACCGGGCACUGAUCGCGAUGUCGACUACUAUCAACACAAAUCGGAGGAGCACGAGGAGGCCUACCCUGCGCCCGAAGGCGAGGUCAACCUAGCAGUCUGA